UACUCUAAACCCAUAUACCCUAACUAUAACUUAACCCUACCAUUUUAAAUGUCAUCUUCCCAAGGAUUCCAGAUUGCACCAACCGCGAUACUAAUAAUACAUAUGGCUAGUAUUCAAAGUUUGUAGUUACCACUUCCGGGUCUUUUGCGUCCUUAGAUACCACCCCGAAAGAAAAACAUCACCACGCCUGCCUACACAGCUAUCAGAGCACCCAUGGAUAUUACGAGAGGCAGUUUAGAUGAUAUCUACCGCCCGGCAUCCAACGAGCGUUCUCGCCCGGGUAGCCGUGUAUCAACUGUGUCACUGCCUGACGUCGGGAGAGUUUUUCAUCCCAGCCAGACGUCCCUGGUGGUCCUGAGCGAUGAUGCCCCUAACAAUAAGCUGGAUCACAGCAACUCACAUGAAAACCUCAAGUCUCCAGAUGAAAGUCUUCCUGAGAAAGAUCACUCCAUUGGAGAUGUAUCUGAUGAGGAGAACGAAGAUCCAGAACUCCAGAAGGCCAUCAAGAAAAUGAAAAUACUUGACAAAAUCUUGGCUUCAAGGAUCUCAAAUGAAAACGAGGUCAAGAGAAAAGGAAAGGAGCUCCAUCAGAAACUAUGGCAGGAACUAUUGCAGAUAAAGCCCAACAGAUCUUCAGAAUGGGCAGAUGAAGCAGAAAAUACAAGGAUGUUUUUGGCACUGGCUCCUUCCAGUGCUCACGGAUCCAGUGAAGAAUUGGACUUUGCUCCUGUGUUUGGGACUCAAGUGCCUGACAAAGAGUAUGAAAGACACAACAGACAAGUGGAGGAAAGUGAAAAGGACCUCAACACCACAGCAGCAGACUUGGCUGAAGUGGGUCACGAAGAGAGGGCAGACGAGUCAGAAGGCAGCCAGAGUGGGGUUCCCAGGGGCAAAAAUAAACAAGACUUUGUGAAGAAAAAUAUUGAGUUGGCGAGUGGUGUUGGAGGCCCAGUGCAGAUGACACAGGAGGAGAAGUAUCGUCUCGAGGAGCUCCUCAGAGACAUGGAGGAAGGGGACAAUGCUGGGAAGGCAGGCUGUGAGGGAGACAUGUGGGCUGCUCCAGUGCAAGCGGGUGAGGGUUACACCCCCGAACCUACAGAACGAGACCAGCUAAUUCACAUUGACUCCAGACUGCAGCUUCUCCUUCCUGUUGAAGACUUCCUGUCUGUGCGAAGCCCCUACCCUGACCACAGUCUGCCCCAGGCCCAGGAUCUGGAGGCUGGCUGGGACAGGUUGCCAGGAGAGAAGGUCCUGCAGGAUAUAAGGGAGAAGAGAGGGCAGGAGAGGCGCCUCCAAGAGAUCCAGCUGCAGCUAGAGCUGCUGGGCCAGGGCCAAGAAAUGACUUUUGACAAACCAAUACUACUGGAGGAGCAGCUGAUGACUCUGUUGGAGGAGUAUGAGAUAUCACAGAGCUGGGGACAUGGUCUGGGGACAAGGGACACAUCACCCAGGGACAACUCUGAUACGGAGAGCCUGCCAGACAGCACCCCCCGUCUCUCUGACUAUAUCCUGUCAGAGUUGCUUAGAGAUGCAUACACCACCAGCUUUAGCCAGUUGGACAAAGCCACCACUAUGUGUUCACCAUAGAGUAUUAACACAUACUGUAUGUUGGGUGUGACAAAUAUAGAAAUGUGUAUAUUUACUGUGCAUUCAGAAAGUAUUCAGACCCCUUGACUUUUUCCACAUUUUAUUACGUUACUGCCUUAUACUAAAAUGGAUGAAAUACAUGUUUUGCCUCAUCAAUCUCAUACAAUACCCCAUAA